ACAUAUUGAUUUCUUACUUAAUUCACCCACAAACUCACUCUUCCCACGCACUACAGACCCUCAAAUUAAACUAUUAACCUUAAAACAACCACUGAAGACACAUAGCAGUGAUUAGAAGUGGAUAAAACCAGGGAAAAAAGGAGCUGAUUUGAGAAGAGCUACUAGAGAGCGGAGUUGGUGGCUGGCGGGCGCAAGAGUCAUUGAUAGUGGUGGAGGAGUAGAGAAGUAGCGCUCAGCUGUCCUACAUACCUCGCUCAGCUCUCCGUCUGCAGCCUCUCCCAGCACCUCCCAACGGCCGGUGAGCCCCCACAUAGCCUGGCGAAGACACGGUGUGCCAGAUUGACGUGUGUUUUGAGAACAAGCAUGGUGGAGACGAGGGAGGAGUCAGGCCUGUCCACUCUGCAUCCACUCAGCCCUCCACCCCACGCCUCACAGCUCGCCAUGGAGGGGGAGCCAAAUGAAAAAAAACAGCAGCAGCAGCAGCAGCCACAGAUCAACACAAACACAGCAGCAUCAGCAGCAGCAGCAACAAGAGGUGAUGAGAGCCCGAACAGCACACCUAUGACAGCAGAGGGUGAGGACAGCAGGACAGGGGCAGCAGCAGCAACAGCAGAGACCAAACCAGCACAGCAAGAGACCACAGCAGGCACAACAGAAGUAGCAGCAGCAGCACAGCACAGUGAACAACCACAGGAGAGCAGCACAGCGACAUCACUUAGCAUAGGAGGAGGAGGAGAUGGUGGUGGAGGAGAGGGUGAAGGAGGGAAUGUGUUGGGGCAUGAUGGAGUGGUGGGGGCAGUGCUGGAGGUGCUGCGGGCGGACCGGAGGAUAGUGGCAGGUGCGGGGGAUGGCUCCCUGCCCCCUGAGCUGUCUGAGGAGGCCGAGGGAGACCUGCAUGAAAAGCCAGACUGGGUGGACCGCGAUGUGCAGGCACUGAGGGAGAUUGUAGAAGCUGAACCCAGCCUGAACUCCCGCCUGGACAAACCCUUCCUCCUCUCCUUCCUGAGGGCACGCAAGUUUGACUACGACAAGGCAAUGGCAAUGUUGCGAAGUUACUACAGAGCACGGCAAGAGAAUGCAGACCUGUAUGUCAACCUGGUGCCCUCAGCCCUGGAGUCUGUGUGGCCACUGCACCUCCAGACAGUCCUGCCCACACCAGACACCCUCGGUCGCACUGUGCUUAUCUUCAGAGCUGGGGCAUGGGAUCCGGAGUUGGCCAGCCUGGACGAUGUGUUCCGGUCGCAAGUGGUGGUGCUGGAGCAUGUGGUGCGGCUGCCGGUCACACAGCUGAGGGGUGUGGCGGCCGUGGUGGACUGUGCUGGCCUCUCUAUGACACACGCCUACCACCUCACACCAGCACACAUCAGGCGCAUGAUCUCCGUGAUACAGGAGGUGUUCCCGCUGCGCUUCAAGGCUCUACACUUCGUCCACGAGCCAGCGAUCUUUGACUGGGUGUUCUCCCUCAUCAAACCAUUCCUCUCGGAGACCAUCAAGGGAAGGCUACACUUCCAUGGUGAGGACCUGUCUUCCCUGCACCAGCACAUCCCACCAGAGGAGCUGCCGGAGGAAGUGGGCGGCUCAAUGGGGCCUCUUGACAACUCCUUCCUUGUCGACCAACUCUUGAAGAAUGAAGAAUAUUUUAGAGACCACUUCCAGUAUGGCUUUGAGGCGACACCAGAGCCAGCACGGACAGGUGGUGUGCUGGAGGCUGUCACUGAUGUUGGUUCCCUCCUGGGCAGUUACUACCGGCGGAUUUGCAUUGACUAGUGUUACCGACCUGGCACUGGUGACGACUAGUGCUGGCACCUUGAGAACUUGGUGGAAAUGAGAAGUAGGAGGGAUGGGGUGGGGACUAGUGUGUGUUUGUGUGUAUGUGUGAGUGUGGGUGAGUGAGGCUGAUGUUUGUACAGCCUCCCAAACACUCCUACACUCGCCGAACACUCAAGAGACACACCUAACUUAACCACCCAAAACACUUGACUGGCUUAUGGGAUGGGAAGUGUGUGUGUGUGUGUGUGUGUGUGUGUGUGUGUGUGUGUGUGUGUGUGUGUUCUGGUUGUAAUAAGUAAGCUACACUACUACUACUACUACUACUACUACUACUACUACUACUACUACUACUACUACUACUACUACCAGGAGGGUGGGUGACUAUCCUAUUAAUGACUGUCUGUGCAAUACUCAGGGAUUUAGCAAGUGUCUGUGUGUGUGUGUGUGUGUUUGUCUGUGUGUGUGUGUGUGUGUGUGUGUGACAAAGACUGGUGUGUGUAUGUGUGUAUACUUCCAAGCCAUGUAUACUCAAUGUACAUAGAUGCAGGAAAUACACACAGGGUAAAGUACAUGCAUGCAUGCAUACAUACAUACAUACAUACAUGUCAGUGCAGGGAGAGGUGCAAUACAUACACAAGAUAGGUACUUUUCUAGCAAUAAUAAGUGCGUACAUACAUAUGUGUGCGUGUAGACAAUACUAGAGCAGUGUAUGUGUGUAUCCCAGCACACACACACACACACACACACACACACACACACACACACACACACACACACACACACACACACACACACAGAGGAGAAUGUAAUGAAAAUAAACAUGAACAUUCUUCUUAAGUGACUCGCUGUAGCAUGUAUGAAAGGUGUGUAUAGUAAUGACAUACGUAUAUACAGUACCUCAUGUUCCUUGUUCUCAUUAAAGGAAGAGAUUUAUGUAUGUAUCUAUUAAUUUGUAUAUUUCUCUGUAUAUUUUUUUUUUCAUUUCAGUUCUUUCAUGGUAAUUCUCUCUCUCUCUCUCUCUCUCUCUCUCUCUCUCUCUCUCUCUCUCUCUCUCUCUCUCUCUCUCUCUCUCUCUCUCUUUUCAUGUGAGUGGAAGAAUGGAAGAAAAAAAAGAAGGAAAGUUUGUUAUUGUAAUUCUUUAAGAUAUAGUGUCAGAAUUGAGCAGCUCUCUAAGUGGAAGGAUGUUAAUGUUCUUGGUUAUUGUAAAGGGAGUCCACUUUCCAAAACUGCCCUAAAAAAAGAGAAAAUAAACCUGUGGAACUUCUCUGUCAAGCUCCACCAUGCUCUAUGAAGGCAGUUCAUCUUUCAUAACACACUUUUAUUUUAUUUUAUUUAUUAAUGUUAUGCAGGAGGGAAGCCAGCCAAGAGCAACAAAAUAUUAAAAAAAAGGCCCACGUGAGUGCUGGUUCCCUUAAAAAGUAGUAAAAAAUUAGCCACAAUCAGUGAACAAAUGUCUUGAGACUCUAAUGUUUGGCCUGAAAAGGGACCACAUCUUUCACUCACACAGUUUUUGAGGAUUUUAUUUCAUUUAUUCAUUUUUUUCUAUAUAUAAGAAGCAACUCUGGCAUAGGUUGUUAUAGAAUAUGUGUUGAAGGUAUUUUAUCUGUUUAUUUACUCAUAUUCAUUCCAUUUACUUUAUGUAUGAGGGAAGACUGGCCCAGCACAAGACUUAAGGUUUGAAUGAAGGUCCCAGUCACCCAACACAGAUUAGUCUCUCUCUCUUGUCCUUGAGAAAUACAAAUGCAAUGUAGGAAGGACUUUGUGUGUGUAUGUGUCUGUGUGUCUGUGUAUUUGAGAGGAAAGGAAGGUCUGUGCCUUUUAAGGGGAUAAUUAUACAAGGAGAGACCUUUCCCUACAGUUCAUUAUAUAUAUAUAUAUAUAUAUAUAUAUAUAUAUAUAUAUAUAUAUAUAUAUAUAUAUAUAUAUAUAUAUAUACACUACCCAUAUAUAUUCUGAGAGGCCUUCUUGUUGGAGUGUUUGGUUAAUUUUAAGGGAUUUGAAAAGCUAACCUAAUGUAAACCACUGUACAUAUGUGUGUAUCCAUUAUUGUCAUUGUUGAUGCUCUCUCUCUCUCUCUCUCUCUCUCUCUCUCUCUCUCUCUCUCUCUCUCUCUGAAACACACAUUUUUGCUCUUCUUAUACUAUUAUUGUUCUCUUUUCUCUCCCUUUUCCCUUUCUCUGAGUAUCUUUGAGCCCUUGUCCAGGGUGUCUUAGGUACUCUUGGAUUAAAAGCACUGCCAGCCAUUCUUUCAGCUGUUUUUCUCUCUUCCUUUCCCAUCUGACACUCAGCCCCCUCACAGUCUCACAGUCUGUCUCAAACACUCAUCAGUCAGUGCACUAUCCACCCAUUCCAUCCAUAAAAUUUACCCAUAAUUUAAUUUUUCUACAUUUUUUGCAAAAUUUUCCUCUUUCAUUUUGAAUUUCUAUUAUGUAAUGUGCUAAUUGACAUUUUUUAGUUUGUUUGAAAUAAUCAAGCUUUGUUUUGGUCUGGUUUUAUUAGUUUUUAUUUUACUUUUUCUUCUUUUUGUCCUUAACAUUCAGCACCUCGUCCAGCAUCUCUCUGAUUCACACACCACCACUCACUCUCUCUUUGUGGCUGCAAUUACACGAUGCAUUUUGUUAAGUAGUCUCUUUUCUGCCUUCCCAAACACUCCACACCACACUCCACACCGCACUCCUGCUUCCCAUCAUGCAUUGCUAUAUUCGUUUCAAUCUUUUUUCAUCAUCUGAUAUGUUCUGUUUUCAUCUCGCCUUUGCCUUCUCACACACCGUGACCUUUGUUUACACCCACAUUCCUGCUUCCCAUGCAGAGCUUAGAGGGAAGUGGCCACAACCUCUUCCAUUAAGCAGGAGUUGGUCAUUCCUGUACCCAAUACCCAAUACAAAUGCCCAGGUGUUGUACUACCUAUGAAAGGCUGAGGCAGGUGUAGUGGCUGUCUCACCAAUGUACACUUGUAAAUAUGUUAACUGUAGAAAUCUUUAGCGGUAGGAAAAUAUUACACACACACACACACACACACACGGUACUAUAGUAGGUAAGAGCAGAUAGCAGGUGACUUGUUGGUCGCUACAAGGGUGCUUGUGAUAAGGUGACUUACAGCCAUGAUACCGUCAGACAAGUGAUACAAUGAAAAAAGAAUAAAGAAAGAGAAGAGUGAGUGAGUGAUUGAGGGCGCCACAACAGCCACGGUCACAUGGCGAAAAACACACACACACACACACACACACUAUGGAAGAAGGCAACUGUGAUAAAACAAUUAAGAUACCGACAAACAGACGAACAAACAAACAGGGAGAAGACAAACAGGAUAAAAAGAAAAGAUUGGAUUGUGUGUGUGUGUGUGUAACUACCAUUUAACUCACCCUCAGGCAGUGCAAAUGAGGCUUCCAUAAUUGGCUUGAACAGUGAGAGCAAGAGAUGUGAAGAAUGUUUCCUUGUGACUACCGGGGCCUUUGUCACGUAAGAGAAGAACUGGCCAAGAGCAGCAAAAUAUAUAUGGAAAAAGGCCCAACAGAGAGAGAGAGAGAGAGAGACAAACAGGAGGUGAAAGGAAGAAGCGGAAAGAGGGAGGAACCGUGACAGGGGAGGGGAGGGAAGAGAAAGAACUAAGUCAGGAGAGAGGCAGGCAGCAGUGCAGCACUCGCCACAACCUCAUCAAAACCACAGUGCAUUUGUACACUAAACUAAGCAGAGUGUAAUGUAGAUAUCGUGUUUUAGGCACAAAAUAGUCAUACUACUUGUGACAAAAAAUAAUAAAAAAAUUACUAUAUUUGCAAUCCUAAGUGUGAUAUUUAUACUUAAAAGAAAUAUAUUCAUGGAUAAAUAUUGUCUAUAUAGUUCUUUUCUAUGUCAAAGUAAUAUUAGUGUAUAUUAGGCUCUUGAUAGUGUGUGUGUGUGUCGCAUUAAUUAACUAUCCAGAUUUCAGAUAUACACAGAUAUAUGUAUUGAUAUGUUUACUGGUAUGAUUUAUACUUUAUUAUUUUAUUUUAUUUUUCUCUUAGUUUGGAUUGGUUCAUGGAGUGAUGUGAGUUGUCUGAAUUAGUUGUAGAAGUGUUAACGUUUCAUUCAUAUCAUACUGCUGUGUAUCAAGUUAUGUAUUCUUUGGUUAUGUAUGUGUAUCUUGUGUCUUUGUCAUCGUGUGUGUGUGUGUGUGUGUGUGUGUGUGUGUGUGCGCGUGCGUGCAAGAUUUUAUUGGAGUGUGAGAACAAAUACAGUAUACCAUUGUCUUA